UUGGGCUUGGCUAUUCAUCCUCGCCAUUUGCUGCUCGCUUUACAAGUCAUCGCGCACACUGCUUUUUUGAGAAAGCGCCAAUACCCUAACAGUAAUCGAAGAUGGCCGAAACGGAAUUCAAGGCCCUCGUUCGCAAGCGAACCGAUACAGAUCUUAUGCCGCCGCCGCCACCGGCGAAGCGAAUAAAGCGGCCAAAGAAUGUGCUCGACGAAGUUACCUAUACGGAGGCGCUCUCCCAAAUCAUCGCCCGCGAUUUCUUCCCCGGUCUUCUCGAAAGCCAAACGCAGCAGGAAUAUUUGGACGCCCUAGAAUCCAAGGACGAGGAAUGGAUAUCCAGCGCGACGAAGCGAUUGAAAAAUGUCAUGACACCGGGUCGGUGGCGCAUGCCAUCGGCUAUCACUGCAACACAGCCAGGAGAUACACCCAGGAGCUUUCUAGGCGAUACACCCGCAUCUGUUAAUUCAACUCCAGCAGCGUCGACCGCGGGGCCCGAAAAGUCACAUGUCGACACGAGUUUGGGUCUCGCCGCGUUCCAGUCCCAGUAUACCAGCGAAGACAAUGAAAGUUUCUACAAACUUCUGGACAAACAGAAUCAGAAAAAGGCCGAGAAGUACGCGUGGCUCUGGACCGGCAAUAAACUGCCUUCAAAGAUGCAGUUGAAGCAGAAAGAGGUCGAGGAGAGGAUCAGCAAGACGAGAAGUCUAGCAGACGAUGGUUACAAAAAGAUGCAAUUAGCCAUCAAGGACAAAGAUGAUAGGAAAGCUGCACCCGAGUACUGGAAGUGGCAGCCGAGGAACGAUCUCAUGUUCAAGCCCGAUGGUGUGGAGGAUGCCAUGGAGACCAUAGCCGAACGGGCUGAGGCGGCAUCAAGGGCACCACCCAAGGAGAUUGUGUAUGCCAACACAAGGGCUCCGAAUCCCGAUAUUGUCGUUCAGCAGGGUCCGUCUCGUCCGCCGUCACCAACAUUGUCUGCUAUGCGUGAUGCGAUCGCAGGCCGGCCAAGACCAGCAGACCAGGAUUCUGCUACGGGCGGCAGUGAGACACCACGGGUGAAUGGAUAUGCCUUUGUCGAUGAUGAGGAUCCGGCUCCAGAGCCUGCCAAGAAGCCGACAGAGUCGAUCCUCAGUCUUAACGGUGGUGACACUACUGCAAACCCGUUUAAGUUGCAGGAUCGCAGGAAAAGGGAGGACCUGCAUCAUCGGAUGGUUGACAGGAUCGCAGAGUCGCGUCGGACCGCAUCCAGGAUAGGCAUGGUGGGCAAGGAGGUCAAGACGCCAGUGCCAAAGUUCCCCAGCAGUCCUAGGGUUACGGGGGGUCUGACACCAGCAGCACAGAGACUGUGGAGUAACCUAGGUGGCGCAGGACGAAAGUCUGGCUCAAUAACACCAUUCGACCACAGGGCUACUCCGCGGGCCAAGCAGGCUUUGCCGAAGCGGGCGACUCCGAAAACAUGAGGCGGGGAUGCGAUUUUUAUUGAUAUUUUUGGUCAAGAUCGACCAAGCCCGCCUGAAAUGGCUUUUUAUGAAGAGAUGAAGAGGAUCAGGGUGAAUAACAUAUCAGGCGCAAGGCCUUGCCUCAUCGAGUGCUACAUUUUGGAUUUUUACCCGGGCACGCACUGAAAGAGGUGAUAACAUGUGCACGGUGGACAGACGGCGAUCACACUUUGCAUUUAUUUGUGCGGCGUUUAGCGAACAUGCUUUGAUUCUUAGUUGAUACCCGGCUACACACUUUUCCCUGUAGUCAGAAUAGAUUGAUAUGUCAAGCACAACCUACAUUUAUUCUCGCUAUAGUUCCAGAC